AUGGUUGUAUUGUCUCUCCCAGCAAUACGUAACCCACUGGACACCUGCCUCUCCCAACCAGACACAACCCACAGGACAUCAGCCUCUCCCAACCAGACACAACCCACAGGACAUCAGCCUCUCCCAACCAGACACAACCCACAGGACAUCAGCCUCUCCCAACCAGACACAACCCACAGGACAUCAGCCUCUCCCAACCAGACACAACCCACAGGACAUCAGCCUCUCCCAACCAGACACAAUCCACUGGACACCUGCCUCUCCCAACCAGACACAACCCACUGGACACCUGCCUCUCCCAACCAGACACAACCCACUGGACACCUGCCUCUCCCAACCAGACACAAUCCACUGGACACCUGCCUCUCCCAACCAGACACAACCCACUGGACACCUGCCUCUCCCAACCAGACACAACCCACUGGACACCUGCCUCUCCCAACCAGACACAACCCACUGGACACCUGCCUCUCCCAACCAGACACAACCCACUGGACACCUGCCUCUCCCAAUCAGACACAACCCACUGGACACCUGCCUCUCCCAACCAGACACAACCCACUGGACACCUGCCUCUCCCAACCAGACACAACCCACUGGACACCUGCCUCUCCCAACCAGACACAACCCACUGGACACCUGCCUCUCCCAAUCAGACACAACCCACUGGACACCUGCCUCUCCCAACCAGACACAACCCACUGGACACCUGCCUCUCCCAAACAGACACAACCCACUGGACACCUGCCUCUCCCAACCAGACACAACCCACUGGACACCUGCCUCUCCCAAUCAGACACAACCCACUGGACACCUGCCUCUCCCAACCAGACACAACCCACUGGACACCUGCCUCUCCCAAUCAGACACAAUCCACUGGACACCUGCCUCUCCCAAUCAGACACAAUCCACUGGACACCUGCCUCUCCCAACCAGACACAAUCCACUGGACACCUGCCUCUCCCAACCAGACACAAUCCACUGGACACCUGCCUCUCACAGCCAGACACAACCCACAGGACACCAGCCUCUCCCAACCAGACACAACGCACAGGACACCUGCCUCUCCCAAUCAGACACAAUCCACAGGACACCAGCCUCUCCCAGCCAGACACAACCCACAGGACAUCAGCCUCUCCCAAUCAGACACAAUCCACAGAACACCAGCCUCUCCCAGCCAGACACAACCCACAGGACAUCAGCCUCUCCCAAUCAGACACAAUCCACUGGACACCUGCCUCUCCCAAUCAGACACAACCCACAGGACGUGAGCCUCUCCCAAUCAGACACAACCCACUGGACACCUGCCUCUCCCAACCAGACACAAUCCACUGGACACCUGCCUCUCACAGCCAGACACAACCCACAGGACACCUGCCUCUCCCAACCAGACACAUUCCACUGGACACCUGCCUCUCACAGCCAGACACAACCCACAGGACACCAGCCUCUCCCACCCAGACACAUUCCACUGGACACCUGCCUCUCCCAACCAGACACAAUCCACUGGACACCAGCCUCUCCCAACCAGACACAACCCACAGGACACCUGCCUCUCCCAAUCAGACAAAAUCCACGGGACACCAGCCUCUCCCAGCCAGACACAACCCACAGGACAUCAGCCUCUCCAAAUCAGACACAAUCCACUGGACACCUGCCUCUCCCAACCAGACACAACCUACAGGACACCAGACACAACCCACAGGACACCAACCUAUCCCAAACAGACACAACCCACAGGACAUCAGCCUCUCCCAGCCAGACACAACCCACAGGACACCAGCCUCUCCCAGCCAGACACAACCCACAGGACACCAGCCUCUCCCAGCCAGACACAACCCACAGGACGCCAGCCUAUCCCAGGCAGACACAACCCACAGGACACCAGCCUCUCCCAGCCAGACACAACCCAUAGGACACCAGCCUCUCCCAGCCAGACACAACCCACAGGACACCAGCCUCUCCCAGCCAGACACAAUCCACAGAACACCAGCCUCUCCCAGCCAGACACAACCCACAGGACAUCAGCCUCUCCCAGCCAGACACAACCCACAGGACACCAGCCUCUCCCAGCCAGACACAACCCACAGGACACCAGCCUCUCCCAGCCAGACACAACCCACUGGACACCAGCCUCUCCCAGCCAGACACAACCUACAGGAUGCCAGACACAACCUACAGGACACACACCUCUCCCAGCCAGACACGAACCACAGGACACCAACCUAUCCCAGCCAGGCACAACCCACAGGACACCAGCCUUCCCAGCCAGACACAACCCACUGA